GAUGAGAAUUAUAAGUUUGGCAACAGGCGAAGAAUCACUAAGGAAAGAAUUACCCUGGACCUAGUUCGAAUUAUAGAUGAGAUGAAGAUACUGAAAGAAGACGUGGAACUUCGCCGAGGUGUUAAAAAGGUUCUGGGGGUGAUUGUUGAUUCACCGGAUGGUAAAAGAAAUGAAUGUGUAAUCCGCAGACAAUACUAUAGUAUAGACGUCAUGUAUCAUGGGCUUCGUUCCGAAACCAUUGUACUUCGUCCUGAACCGUUGUAUUUAUUUUUACGUUGGAGUCACGUGAUAUUUGAUUUUAAAAAGCAAUAUCCUGUUUACAACGGGAAUCAUGGUGAUUAUGGAGUGUCUGGUGAAUGGUGGCAGAAGUUCUACAGGGAAAAUCUCAAUGCAACAUAUUCUGAAAACGAUAACGGAGAGGAAUUUCUCAUGAGAUACAGGAUACAGGAUACAGGAUACAUACAGUACAUUGAUUAA